ACUCACGAUCGCAAGGAGAGGAUGACAGCCACAGGAGCGCAACUCUGCGAUGGACACGAAGCACUUUCGGUCGCUCCGCGCAGGCCAGGAAGAACGAGUCAGGCAGGACUUCUACAUCCACGUGCUAAUAUUGUGUAGGCAUACCGACACGAUGUGUUUCUCACCUCUGUUUCUCGCCGCAUGUCCAUAUCCAGGCGCUAGGCCUCGGGAUCGCUGGAAAAGUAAAAAAUAUUUUAGCGACGUGCACGAAAAGGUCGUUGCUUGAUGUCACUCUCACACUAGAGUCACAGACUAGCCGGAGGUGCUAGGUGCUCGGGUGGCUAGCUCCGAGAGUUCAUCUUCCGUUCAUAUUCAAGUUUUGUCUUUUAGGAAUUUUUGUAGCUGUGUUUUUUUCUAGUUUAGCACUCGGCCAGUUUCUAGCUUGUUGUUUUGAAUAUGCCUCUUGUCAUACAACAUACGAAACAGUGUGAGCUAUGUGGCUCCGCGAAUACAGGAAUGCAGUCGCAAAAACGCACCACAGUUCUUUCGUGGUUUGUCCAGAGGAGAGCUUUCAGUCUUCAACAGCUAGUGAUGGCGUUGCUCAUACUCAACCUGGUGAACGCCCGGAGUGGGGUGCGAGCGGAGGGAUGGAGCGGCUUGGACCGGGAGGAGUGCAAGGCCCAGUGCGAGAUACAAAUCCGCAGCGUUACUCGGGAACUCAGUCAGUACGCGGGCCAGGUGCAUAAGGCUGAGGAUGAACGUGAUAUGUGCAGCCGUGCCUGUGAACUACCGUCUUCAAUCUGCUACAAUGUAGCAACCUGCCAACAAGACCCGGCAUGCCUGACACGAUGUUGGCUGGAGCUCAACGCUGCUGGUGUUUUUCCUAAUAGAGGAAAGCUCGAGAAGAGCGAUCGCAAUGUGGCCGAGAUGCUGUACCAGUUCGGCACCUGCACACGCACUCGCAUACACGGUGGAGCGGACGGGUUCCGCACGUCCAGCCACUUCUUCUGGAUACCGUACAGCCAGGCUCGGAGCGGCGCUGCUGCCAAUCCCAAUGCAGACAGCCUGAGCCCGCUGCAAAUCAAGCUCACAAGGCGGCUCUAUCAGCCCACAAACACCGCCAACAAGCGGUGCAUUCGAGAUAGAAGCCAUCCUGCACAGAACGUCAGCCGAGCAUCGAUGGCCCUCUCCGCUGCCACUGGCCACGGCUAUGACUGCCUGUCGUAUCACUACGUGUUGGUCACCGGUGAACGGGAACGCCAUAUCACUGGUCAUUCGCGCUUGGGAAGUCUGCCGCCUGUCGUCAGCCAUCAUACGUACGGGUUGUGUCCAGGGAAGAUGCCUUCCCAGAGCGAACCGUGCAGCAAUGCCAGCAUGUGCAGCGCCCAGUGCAGUGAGGAGAUGCGAUCAUGUUCCUCAGGCCCAUUGUUUGAAAUCUUCUUGAAGCACCGGCAACAAAGCUUGGGAGAAGAAACAUUUGAUCUGCUGCCACUGGUGACGGUGAUGAGUUCGCAGGCGGCGGUUCUCGAAGCAUGCUCUCUGCACCACACUCACAUCACGCUGGCGGCCACGCUGGAAUGGUGGCCCGGGUACGCGGACAGAGACCGUCGCCAGUGCCUCAACUCCCAUCUGCCCAGCUGCUGGUGCUACUCGUCCUGCGCCGUGCGCAUUGAGGCGCACAUCUGGCUUGGCGAUCAGGUCGUGACGUCACACACUGAUGACGUAGGAUAUCUACAUGUGGAUGAACUUUUGAACAAGCAGUAUCGCACCAAGGAACUCUUCAAGUCAAACGUGGUUCUGAAGUUCCCGAUUCCCGACAACACUACUCGUUUUGACGGCGACCUCAGCCGGAUCAAGAUGGUGUUCCGUGUGUAUUACACUGGUGAUGUGUUUGGACCUAGUAGAGCGGAGUGGAGCAAUGCAACGCUGAAUGCAUCGUGUGGAUUCAGCCACACACAUCACACACUAGAAUCAAGUUUGCUGCCUUUGAUGGAUUUACACAAUGCCAGUGCACGCGUAUUGCCAGCUGUGUCGAGUGCCACAGCAACGGCCGCACCACCAACUCCCAGCCUCGUUGAUCUGAGCAUCAUGUGGCUGCUCCGGUUUCCACAAUCGCGCGACACUGUGCAGCCUUCAAGCUGCUUACUGGGCCCGGAGUACAAGCAUGUGUGCAGUGGUGCAGGCACGGCACUCUUCAAGGUGUCAAUACUGCAGGACGGGGUUCUGUCUUCAACGACUUCUCGUAUCGUCAAUUAUCACAAUAUUCUACAGCAGGCCAAUGGCAGCGUAUUUGAGACGCGUCUGCAACUCACGCCUGCAGACUUUGACGUCGACAAUCAAACCCUGCAUUGCCUGCCUGGAACAGCCACUGUGACAAUUCUCGUCCAAGGAUCAUUCCUGAACUACACACAGUCUCGCAGUGAAGCUAUUGCAAGAGCGCCAAAAGAUUGGUGCUCGCUGAUGAGACAAUGGAAGGAACACCUGGCUCCAAGUACUCGUCCGGCUCUGACAGGGUUCACAGUCGGCGGGGUCCAGAGAAGAACAGACUCAAUGUCCGUACUGAUCACUAUACCGGUCGUGUUAUGCGUUCUGCUGCUGACAGUGGUGGGCCUAGUUAUCGUGGUCCGAAAGCUCAGCUGGUUUGGACGCGAGCCGAAGCUGCUGCAGCGCAUACUGUCGGAGCGAGAAGAGGCGAACGACGGCGUAAUGCUGGGUAGGCGGAAGUCUCUGGCUCUGCUGCUCAAGGGUAGUAGUGGCUCGCCAAGUCCGAUGUCAACACUGCCCAGUCCGAAUAGGUCUGAGAAGGUCAACUACAAUUACAUACCAAUGGACAAACUGCACGAAGCAGCAAGCAAGGGUGACUGGACAUGCUUUCCACCGCAACUAGAGUUUCCCGUCGGUCAGCUGCACAUGGAAAGACAAAUCGGCACCGGCCAGUUUGGCUGUGUGUGGCUGGCAAAGGCGUACGGCGUCCAGGAGGACCAGGAAUGGACGCAUGUAGCUGUGAAGAUGUUGAAGGAUGAUUCUCCAAAAAGGGAUGCGGAGGAUUUCCUCAAAGAAGCUGAGAACCUAAGCACAUUCUAUCAUCCGAACAUUGUCCAGCUACUUGGUGUCGUUGUCCACGGCAUGCCCAAGAUGGUGGUGCUGGAGUACGUGGACGGCGGAGACUUGCUCACACACAUGCAGACCUACCGACAGAGCUCUCACUUGCUGAGUGAGAUGGACUAUGUGGACAUGGCACUGGAUGUAGCAAAGGCACUCCACUAUCUUGGGACUAAGAAACUAGUCCAUCGUGACGUGGCAGCUCGCAAUUGUCUCGUGAAGACCUUAUCAUCCACUCUACCCGGAGUCAAGACACGGAUCACAAAGCUUGCAGAUUUUGGCCUGGCACGCAACGUACGAGGUACUCAUGAUUGCUACACGCUGAUACGCGGAGAUGCUCUGCUACCCGUCAGGUGGAUGGCACCAGAGUCGAUAGCGAAAGGCGUCUUCACCAAUGCGUCAGACGCCUGGUCGUUUGGUGUACUCAUGUGGGAGAUCUAUACGCUGGGCAACACACCGUACAGCGAGUGUGGACCCAGCCAUUGUGUGGCUGCUCACAUCAGCAGUGGUGCCGUACUCGACCAACCAGCCAGGUGCCCGAAGAGAAUGUACAUGAUGAUGAAGAGCUGCUGGAGCAAGAACCCAAAGGGCCGGCCCUCGUUCCACCACGUCUGCGCCAUGCUGCACUCGUUCCGCAAGGGGUUCGUGCGUCGGUCCACCAAGAGUACAGCCGUCACCAUGAGCACUCUCGGCAGCGUGGGUGAGUACCUGGCCUGCGACGCGGGCACUAAUCUGGAUCGACUGGCAGCGCACAGCGUGGCCUGUCCGCCAGCCGUCUUCGAACACAGCAGCAGUAGCAGCAUCGCGACGAGCAGCAGAAGCCGUGCUACGUCGUCGCCGCCAGACCUGGGCGUGAGCGCCGUCCGCCAGCCCGCGCAGAGCGGCUCCGUGUUCGAGCAUUCUCCGUGCACACAGCGCCUCGGCAUGAGCAGCAUCGGCGACUUCCUGGAGCCGGGCGGCUACGAGAAGCUGGACCGCAACGCCACGCACAGCACAACCUGUCCUUCCAUUGUGGUGGAGGACCACCACAGCGCGAGCUCCACGUCGACUCCUGGCAUGCUGAACAGCCAGCGGAAUUUGCACGACGGCAGUAGCUCAGUGUUCGAGAGCAGUCCGCUGCUGCAGCGUCGUCACGUCGUCCAUGACGAACACCCUUCUACAACCGCUAGCGAUGGCGGCAAUGAACGCCUGGGUCGCAAUCUGGCCGUCAGAGCCACGCCGACAACCCCUGCCUCUCUGAGUGAUGUGCCUGUCAGCGGUGAUGACGUGAGUGUAUUCAAAGAUGGCCGAUCCAGUGUGGAGUCGCUGUAAUGGAGAUAUAGUUUAUUAUUAUGUAUUCAUCGAUGAGCCGAUCGAGUGCAGAGUCGCUGUGAAGGCAAACAUUGUAUUCAUCGAUGAGCCGAUCGAGUGCAGAGUCGCUGUGAAGGCAAACAUUGUAUUCAUCGAUGAGCCGAUCGAGUGCAGAGUCGCUGUGAAGGCAAACAUUGUAUUCAUUGAUGAACCGAUCCAGUGCAGAGUCGCUGUAAUGGCGAAACAUGUAUUCAUCGAUGAGCUGAUCAAGUGCAGAGGCACUGCGAAGGAGAAAUGUGAGAUCAUUGGUGUGCCGAUCAAGUUGAUGAUCCUGCUGACCAAUGUGUAUCUGAAGUUUUGAGGAUCAAUCCAGUGGAGUGGAACAUUGACAGAGAACAAGUACAGUUCUGUGCUGUGUGUGUACCAUGAUGAUCAGUCCUAUGCUGUGAUGACAAGUCCUAUGCUGUGAUAACAAGUCCUAUGCUGUGAUAGCAAGUCCUAUGCUGUGAUGACCAGUCCUCUACUAUGAUCAUCAGUCCUAUGUUAUGAGUAUCAGUCCUAUGCUAUGAUGAUCGUCCUGUGCUACGAUCAUCAGUCCUGUUCCCACGAUGAUCAGUCCUGUGCCAUGAUGGCCAGUGCUACUCUAUGAUGACCAGUCCUGUGCAUGAUGAUGACCAGUGGUAUGCGAUGACGAUGACCAGUGCUAUGCGAUGACGAUGACCAGUGCUAUGUGAUACUGAUGACCAGUGGUAUGCGAUGAUGAUGACCAGUGCUAUGCGAUGAUGAUGACCAGUGGUAUGUAAUACUGAUGACCAGUGCUAUGUGAUAAUGAUGACCAGUGCUAUGUGAUAAUGAUGACCAGUGCUAUGCGAUGAUAAUGACCAGCCCUAUGCCGUGAAUCCCCGCGAUGACCGGUCCUGUCCCAUUAUGCCGACCAGCCCUAUGCCAUUAUGAUCACUGCAUUCUGUACAAGAGUUUAAAGCGGUACACUGGUUGAUUUAAGCCAUCAUCAUCACCACCACCAUCUGGAGAUAACAAAGCGCACUGUUAUCGUGAAACGAUAUACCCCUUCACAGAUGUGUGUGUGUGUGUGUGUGUGUGUGUGUGUGUGUGUGUGUGUGUGUCACCAUGGCUAAAGUUAGCCUUUCAGUCCAGCAAGACUGACCGUCAGGCACUCGACCAAGUUCGACAAAAAGUAAUUAAUGUGCAGAUGCUCGUGUCCAAAACUGGCUGUAUUUAAUUAGGUUUGUGAGCGUGAUCUGGCCUGAACCCAGGAUUUGACAGUCGGGAUUCAUUUUUCCUGAAUGGAGUAAAACCGAAAUAUGCACACGAUUGCUUCGCACAUUUCGUGUCGUAUUCCAUCAACCAAAGGCUGUAUUUCUCCGUCCCACUGUUGGUGACAUCAUUCACAUCUUGGUCUGUACCCCCAGCCAAAUGCUAUCAUUUCUUGGCCUACGUUUUCCACACAUGAAAAACAACAGAGACCAAAAGGUGAUCCUUGUUCCAUUUACUGUAACUAUAAACAAUUAUUAAUUUGAAUAAUUUCCUAAGACAACGAUCAAAAUACCUACUACACAUUCGCGUGUAUCUUUUUUUGCUUGAAUGUAUCACUCUACUUGUCUGCAUGGUAAUAAUUUGAUCCUUGAGCAAAAACGAUCACAAUUGCUUCCCCCGUCCCUGUUUCUGCAGCUUGAGAAUCUCAGAGAACCGGUGACCAUUCACAGCACUCCCUUUGAUGUACUUUGAGUAUGUGACUUGAUUCGUGUUUCACAGCAGCUAUUUUCUUCUUACUGCGCUGCAGCGUAUUGCUAUUAUUGUGGUGUGCCGUGAGUUGCUACCUUCAAGUGUGUUUGCUAUCUGCGAUGUUCAUCCACAGUUGGACAGUGUAGGACUUUAAAUUUGUCAUAUUUUUUUGCAUUUUUUUGCUUACAGCCAUGGCUGACUAUCGCCCCCCCCCCCCCCCCCCCUCCGUAUUUGCCUCUAUUCUCUGGCUACGGGAAGGUGAAAUAAAUAAAUAAAUAAAUGCAGCAAUUCCCUCUCGGGUUGUUACUCAUGGCAACGCAGCGCUUAUGGAGUGAUUGUGUGAGGGCUUGAUGUUUCUCUGGACCUGGUAUACCCCCCUCCUGCAUGCAUGUUCCCAUGCCUCGGUCACAUUUCACACUGCCAUAAUAUUGUGCUUCGACGUUGCCGUGAGUUACUUGAACUUGCUUUCUCAUUUCAUCUGGGUCUGAGGUUUUGCUGCCAUGCCAUUGGCCCACCACGGGCGCAAUU